ACAGAGUCGAGAAAGUCGCGAGAUAUAUUGACGUAAAGAUGGCGGUUGCUAGAUGUGUAAAGAAAUUAUACGGUGUCGGGCUUAAUGCAAUUCGUCAAAAUGCUGCUUUAAAGGCCACAACGGUCCUCCAGCAAAGGACUUUCCGGCUCAAUGCAGCUCUAUUCGAGCAGCCACUUGAUUCUUCAGCAGAUAAGCCUCAGUUUCCUGGGGCCUCAGCUGAGUUUAUUGAUCACCUUGAGUUUAUCCAGCCCAAUGUGAUCUCAGGAAUCCCUAUCUAUAGAGUGAUGGACAGACAGGGCCAGAUCAUUAACCCUUCCGAGGAUCCUCAGCUUCCAAAAGAGAUGGUUUUAAAUUUCUAUCAAAAGAUGACACUUCUCAACACAAUGGACCGGAUUCUUUACGAGUCUCAGAGGCAGGGCCGUAUCUCAUUCUACAUGACCAAUUAUGGUGAGGAGGGCACACACAUUGGCAGCGCUGCAGCACUUGACCCACAGGAUUUGGUGUUUGGCCAAUAUCGAGAAGCUGGUGUAUUGAUGUACAGGGGGUUUCCUCUGGAUCUGUUCAUGGCACAGUGCUAUGCCAACGCUGAUGACCUGCACAAGGGCCGGCAGAUGCCUGUUCACUACGGCAGCAAAGACCUAAAUUUUAUCUCCAUCUCUUCACCACUUGCCACUCAACUCCCACAAGCGGCCGGGGCAGCAUACGCUUUGAAGAGGGAGAACUCAAACCGAAUUGUGAUCUGUUAUUUCGGAGAGGGGGCAGCCAGUGAGGGAGACGCUCACGCCGGAUUUAAUUUCUCCGCCACCCUUGAGUGUCCGCUCAUAUUCUUCUGCCGCAACAAUGGUUACGCCAUCUCCACACCCACCCAUGAGCAGUACAGAGGGGAUGGAAUCGCUGCUCGAGGUCCAGGAUAUGGACUCAUGUCGAUCCGUGUGGAUGGUAAUGAUGUUUUUGCUGUGUACAAUGCUACGAAGGAGGCGCGACGUCGAGCAGUGGCCGAAAACCAGCCUUUCCUUAUUGAAGCCAUGACCUACAGGAUCGGACAUCACAGCACCAGCGAUGACAGCUCUGCCUACCGCUCGGUUGAUGAGGUGAACUAUUGGGAUAAGCAGGACCACCCCAUCUCGCGCCUUCGACACUACAUGACCGCCAAAGGCUGGUGGGGGGAGGACGAAGAGCGGGCGUGGAGGAAACAAUCCCGCAAACUCGUCAUGGAGGCCUUUGAGAAAGCUGAGAAACGGCUGAAACCCGACCCCAACCUGCUCUUCACCGACGUCUACAGCGAGAUGACCCCUAAUUUAAACAAGCAGAAGGAAGCCAUGUGGAGACACGUGCAGCAGUACAAAGAGCAUUACCCUCUUGAUCUCUAUGAGAAAUAAUCCCUGGGUUUUCAAAUGGUUAAUGGACACAACUAGGAAGUGUCUGCGCGUGUGAAUUUGUUUGUUCAGUUUCUGAAAUUUAGGUUGGGUUAGAAAGCACAGACACGGAUGGAUGUAUCUGUUUUUCAUGUUCUCUUCCAUGUUUGUAGCUAGAGACCACUUUUAUUUUGUGCCUUGAGAUGCAAAUAAGUGUGAAAAUCAGUAGAAGAUCCUAUGCACAGGUACUGAUGUAGUAAACAUUUCUGUAGUAGUCCUUUCAUACAGUAUAACUUGACAGUGUUAUUAAUAUGGUUGUCACACUUUCUCUUUUUGAUUUAAAUCAGGAUAACAUUCAUUCCCGUGCAAUCUUUCAUUAAUCUCAUGUCAUACUGUGAAGACGUUUAUUACUUUUUCAGUCUCUUUGCAACGUGGGCCUUCAAAACACUGUAUACCACUAGCAUUCAUUUCUCCGUUUUCCACAAGUAAUAAUAAGAAUUCUUAAAGGUGAUGUGAUUGGACAAAUGGUUUUGAAAUAUUAAUUUCCUUAUGUAGAUCAGAGAUUCCACUCCAGAUUAAGCUUUUAAACUAUAUGCACAAUGUUGGACUGACCUGGGGUUAAAAAUGUUUGGUGUUCUGUCGUAAUGAUUUUCCUCCCUUAGAUGAUAUCGAAAAACUGUAGCUAUAAUUCUUUGGUAAUAACGAACAAACUGUUACUGUGUGAGACUCACUCAACUGUUACAUGACAUAAUGAUUGCUGUGUUUGAGACUCAUUCUUUAGGGGUUUGUAAAUUGUAUUUUAAACCGUAAAAAUGCACAUAAAAUGUAAUUACUUAUGUCAUUGAAGUGCUUACUGUACACAGCCAGAGCUAAUAAAAUGGAAUAUGGGUAUGGGACUUGUUUUAAUGGAGACCACAGAGGGUUUAUAUAUGUAAUAACUGUUGUCAGUUGAAGCGUUGUGCAAGCUAAUGGUGUUCAGUAUGUGCAGUGUUUCAUUAUAAAUAAGGGCUGAGUGGUGGUGAAAGCAACAAAAAGUGAAGUUGAAUGGAAAAUGACUUCCUUCUGAAAACUGUCACAAAGAUGAUGCGUUGUAUUUUUCCAAACCAUGAUGCAUAUAUUACAUUGAAUGAGAAUUAGAUUGAUUGUUUGCAUUGUUGUAUUUGGAUGUAUAUUGUGAAAAUAUCAAAUAGAGCGUAAAAAGACUAUUUCAAGUUAUGGGUGAAAUUUGACUUGAUUAUUUUUUAUGGUUCCUUUAACAUUCACCCAUUAACGUUCUCUCUAUAUGUUGCAGUAUAAUUUUAAGUCUGAACAAUGAUCAGUAAACCCCCUGACUUAGACUUCAAUUAGUAAAUCAUUUGUGAUAAUACUGUAAUAAUGUCAUUUAUUAUAACGUCAUGUGGUAUUCUUGUCCUGUAGGGGGUGCAAUGAUCUCUCUUUAUUCUUGAUCCUGUUUCUGUUUGAAUGUUAGGUUCAUCAUACAACCCUUUUUCCUUGUGUGUGUGAUGCGUCACUUACUAUUAAUAACCUGUCUGGCCAGUGGCGGUUUUAGGGACGGGGCCCGGGGCGGCAUUUUUUCAUGACACGUGGGGGGCGGCACAAGCACUUGAAAAAGAAAAAAUAAUCUGCGCUGCUAAGCGGUUUUCUAUUAUCUAUCAUAUAACUGUCUGUGUGGGGAAUUGGCAAAUUGGCGCCCCUGCUUGCUGAGAAGCGCAGAAGCUGUGUGAAAAGUGGAAAGGGGAGGGGCCGCACCCGCGGUGGACAGUUCACCUCUCCCAAAUGGAGCGGACAAGGAGGGGGAUCCACUUAGUGGGCUAAAGUCAGUCACACCUUGACUUUCUUCCAAAUAACGCACAUUUCAUUCAUAAUAUUAAAACACAGGCCUAUAAUUUGCACGUUUUGUU